AUGACCGCAGCGGACAUUGAGAAGCAGAAUGCCAUCGCGGAGGAGGUUUCUGGCGAGGAGCCUUCCUCAUCCGGCAGCAGCCUGAAGGGCGAGUCUGUCGACGAAAAGGGCUCGAUUGACGAGAAGGAGACGGCGGUCGCUGAGCUCAAGUCGUACCCGGUACCGAAUAAGAACGGGACCAAGGUUUCUCGGUACCUGCAGCACAACUUCUUCUCAACAUAUCGCAAGAUCUUUACGGUCGUCUUCUUCGCCAACAUCGCCGUCUUGAUCGCCCUCAUAGCCAAGAACAAGGGCACACCCUCCGCUCCGGACGUCGGUAGCGCGGCCUCGGCCAACCUCAUGGUCACGAUCUUAUUCCGUCAGGAGAACUUCGUCAACCUUGUCUACGAGGUUCUCUGCGCUUGCCCACACUCUGCACCGCUAUGGAUCCGCGUGCGCCUGGCCAAGGCCUUCCAUUACGGUGGCUUCCACUCUGGCGCCGGCGUUGCCGCUGUGUUCUGGUACAUCCUUUACACCGGCCUCACCACCGUCGACAUGAUCCACCACAAGACAAGCCCUUCGAUUGUGAACACCGUGUUGUCAUACAUCAUUUGCUUGAUGUUCUGUUUCAUCAUCUUCAGCGCACACCCGGUGUUCCGUCGUACCUUCCACGAUUACUUCGAGGCGACACAUCGCUACUCCGGCUGGUUCGCCCUCACCUGCUUCUGGACGCACACCAUCUUCGCCGGGAUCGAGUACAGCAAGCUCGAGCCAAACCCUCCUUCACUCGGGAAGUACAUCGUCACGUCCUCCAACUUCUGGACAUUCGCCGUCUCGACUUGCGCCACCCUCCUCUCUUGGGGCCGCCUGCGUCGUCGCGAGGUCUACCCAGUCCGCCUUUCCAGCCACGUCACGCGCCUGUACUUCAAGUACAAGAAGAUGCCGCCCUUCUACGGUCUCAAGGUCUCCGACAAGCCGCUACUUGAGUGGCACGCGUUCGCGACGAUCCCCGAAGAGGACGGCUUUUCAGUUCUCGUGUCCAACGCCGGCGACUGGACCAGCAAGGUGAUCAACAACCCGCCGAAGAAGCUCUGGGUGCGCGGUUACCCGCUGCACGGUCUGCUCUACACCUCGGUCCUGUUCAAGCAGAUCGUCGUCGUCGCGACCGGCUCCGGCAUCGGCCCCCCGCUCUCGCUUUUCCGCGCUAACUGGACGCCGCGCCGCAUCUUCUGGUCGACGAAGGACCCUAUCAACACCUUCGGCCAGGGCGUCAUGGACACGGUCAAGGAGGCGGACCCCAACGCCGUCAUCUGGGACACACGCACACAGGGCCGGCCGGACAUGGUCGCUAUCACUUGGCAGUUGGUGAAGGAGUGCAACGCCGAGGCGGUGUUCAUCAUUUCAAAUCCCAAGCUCACGCAGCGCGUCGUCUACGGGAUGCAGACUCGCGGCGUCGCUGCCUACGGUGCGAUCUUCGACUCGUAA